AUGUUUCCUUCGUCUCGGUCACACUCCACUAAAAUUCGACGUAUAGAUGAAUUCUGCUGUGAAACAUCUAAGAUUCAACGAUUACGUCGCCGAUUGUUAACAAGUACCGACACAAUAACAUCACUAUUGGAAACGAUUAAACAAUAUGCUGAUAAAAAUGCUUGUCGAAAACAUUCUUACGAAGAACGAAAAGAUUUUCUUAUAGAAUUAGCUUCGCGUCUGCAAUAUAUUCAUAUCACUGUAUUAAAACGUUUGGGAAAUGAUAUAUUCAUGCAUUAUAAUGAAGUAUAUAUGUCGCCCUAUUUUAUGACUGAUACUCGACAAUCAAAAGAAAACUUUUUUAGCUCGUAUAAAAAAGUGGCAAUUGCUCUAGAUGAUCAGAACCAGACAAAUAUUAAACAUGAAGAAUUAAAUGAUAAUCUAUUUCGAAAGAGCUAUAUUAGAGAUAUAUUCAUGUCAGACGACGUAAGUAACAUUUCUGUGUUGUUGAGAUAGACUUGAGUAUUUUGUAAGCACUUUUCUGUAUUCUCAGAGUUGUGCAACGUGCUUAUCGCAUAUAUCUUUUCAACUGCGAAAACAGCUAGAUUUUUGCUGGUAUACCAAUAAUCUCGGUAAAAGUUGAAAAAGUAGUCAGUCUUAGCUGAAGCUGUUGACUGGAUGACUCAUUGUUUUACAGUCUAGUUUUCCCUUACGAGGGAACGUUCUUCGGUGUCCCCUUCCAAUUUCAUUCAUUCAUAUACCAAUCGAUAGAGGGUAUCGAGCCAGUAAAAAGCCUAAAAGGAUUUAUCCCCAUGGCUCUUGAAGUCCCGGUUUUCUGGAAAAGCAGUUUUUCAGAAACUCUAAAAAAAUAACUAAAACGUUUCUUAAUAAGGCAUGACUGUAGCCCGCAAAUUUCUGAUUAAAAUGAGACGUCUCCCAGCUCUACACAACCUUUCUUUGCAAAGUUACAGAAAAGCCCUAAAUGUUCAUUGUGUGCUCAAAGCUACAG